UCCGUCCGCCCAUGACUGGUAGAGUGUGUUUUGACGACACAUGUAAUUCUAUUUUUGUGUCACGUGUUUCACCAUGUGGCGAGUGUUAGAUACAAACGAGUUGUCGCUUAUGUCGCCAGCAGGUAUAGAAGUCGGAAACCGCCGGAAACGAGCUUCAGUUGUCUCCCGAGUUGGUCGAGAGAAGUCCACACUGGGACCCGUGAGAAUAGCUGACCCAAGAUGGCGUUCCACUCUCCUCUGCUCAUCGCCCUCGCCAUCGGCAACUUGGUGUUCUUCAUCAUCAAUCAGCUAUUUGGUGCACUGAACAUGGCCGGAGUAAGAGAAUGGCUGGGCAUUGAUAUAAAUAUUUUCGGCCAAUCAAUGGAAGAUGCCUCCGAUCAACGGUACCUCGAGAUCACGCCCUCUUCAGCCACAUUCAGCAUCUGGGGCGCCAUCUACAUAUGGCAGGCUAUCUGGGCCAUCUACGCCCUCGUCAACAUCUGCCGCCGUACCCCUGACGGCUACGUCUACAACAGCCCCACCCUCCUCAGUGCGACCUUCUUCGGUGUCUCCAUCUUCAACUGGAUGUGCGUCAUCACCUGGACCUUCGUGUGGGGAUGGGGUCACGUCUGGAUCGCCUUUGUUUUCCUGGCCAUCGUCUUCAUCACCAUCUACAUCUGCAUAGGACUCUCUUACAAGGCACUGGCGCAGCACCACGACGCUCUAGUGAAACAAGGACGUAAGGUGGACAUCUGGUUGAUGCGCAUGUUGGUGCAGAAUGGCCUUGCCUUCUAUGGCGCAUGGUGCACUAUUGCCACUCUCCUCAACCUUGCUAUGGCUCUGACUUACACCGCCAAACCCCAGUUUGACCAGAGUACCUCAUCCACCAUCGCUCUUAGCAUCCUGUCCGUUGAGCUAACAGUCUUCGCUAUCUCUGAUUGGACAAUUAUGGACAAAUACUCACGCUAUACUUUUAGUCCCUAUAUCGUUGUCAUGGUUGCACUUUCUGGAAGUAUGGUCAAGAACUGGAAUCCAGAGAAGACAAACUCUAUUUUCACAGCGGUUUUACUGGGCGUGUCGAUAUUAUGCUUCAUCACCAAGAUAGUUCUCAUGUUUUGGCGACAUUGUCGGGACUCGAACAGAGACAAAGUUGAACUUCCGACCAUCACAGAGAAGCAGAGUACGAGUACUAGACUGUAACAGGGCGAUGCUGGUCCCAGCCUUUUGAACAGUUUACAGUAGAGAAACGUGUUGAUAUAAACUUUUGUCACUCUAUGUGUGUAAUGUUGAGUAUAUUCAAAGUGCCAUGUGAUAGUUACACAGUCCCGACACUGUAACCACAGAUAUAAAGAAAAUAAAACAGAUGAAUAAUGCUUAAGUGUCGUGUAUAGAGUUUCCGUAUGAUACGAUCAUGUCAGUGUGUAAUAAACGCACAUAUGAUUGAUGCCGACGAG